GCUUCUUGAGAAGGAGAGUGAAAAACUGAAGAAUAUGGAGCUUUCCUUGAAGGCAGACCACGAGAAGGAAGCUGCACGGACAGCGCUGCGUAUACAGAAGAUACUUUUGAGGAUCGCACAAAUAUCAAUAUUAAAUUCACCUCAAUUGAUGUUCGCAACACUCUGCUUCUGGCAUCUCGUAAAGGUCUUCUUCAAUUAAUUUAUUAUAUGCUGCAAAACGGUUGCAUUUUAGUGGACGAGGUACUGGAUGAUAUCUGCGGCACCACAGCACUCCAUCAGGCGGCCUCGCACGGCCAGGUUGGGUGUGUGGAGCUGCUACUUAGCGCUGGCGCUAACCUUCAGCAAGGCGACACCUAUGGUCAGACACCAGGCCACUUAGCCGCAAUGUUUGGCCACAAGAGUAAUUAUGAACUCCUGGAACACCGAGGAACGCAGGGCGCCACUUAUCAUGCGGGUGCCACUUGCCUUGCGGGCACCACUGCCAUGCAAGUAAGAGAUAACUUUAAGAUAUUUCUCAGUAAGUAUUGGAAAUACAACCGCAAAUUACAUUUACCAUCUGACCACCAUGAUCCCCAAAGCACUACUAGAAAUCUUGUGCAAGCCAUAUCAUUGCCAAAGCUGCAGGAUAUGGCUAAGCAGGUGGUUGUAGAUCUGUCAAAGGGCGAGGCCUUUGAGGUGAAGGAAGCUAUCUUAUCAGAAAUAGGCAUCAUCAUGAGAAAGGUGUCAGCUGCUAAUCCCACCUACCGCGGUGACCUCAAGUUGGCAGGCAGUUCACGAGACGGCUCUAAGUUGUACGCCCCCGACGAAUUUGAUAUAAACCUCGUGAUUCACGAGGAUGACAUAGAAGUAAAUGUUAGUAAGAGAGCGAAGGAGGAAGCUACCCUUAAGGGAUCGUUUCAGAUUUCUAUAAAGACUAACAAAGCCCACCUUCAGAACAAUAAAUUUAUGGCCGGUCUGUAUGAGGAAGUGCACCGCUGCCUUGCUGGCCAUAUCUUAGAGGACAGAAGAUUGAGCCUGGUGCCGCCAGGUCUAACCAGCACGCAGGUGGGCGUGGCACUCGCCCUGGCCUGGCAGGGAGAAGAGUAUCCACUGCUGCUGAUUGGCGUGGACCUGGUGCCGGUGCUGGAGGUGCCGUGGGUGGAACAUAUUUCGAGACCUUUUCUCACUCCCGAGGAUACCAAGACCAUGCAGCUCAGUAAUGCUGCAGACGGUACAUGGCGUUGCAGCUUUGCUCUAACAGAAGCAAAAGUGCUGGAGAGCUUGAGCCCCGCAGAACGCCAGGUACAGUUGUUGGGAAAGGUACUUCUUUCCCGCCUCAAGGCAGAACCCUGGAUGCCUUAUCACAAAAAAAAGUUUCUCAAAUGGUUUUCCACACGUGAGUGGAAUAUUCCGGUGCCAAGCGGGUUCUGCUUCAAGAAUGCGCUCCUGCGGUGGGUAGAGCAAAAGCGAAGGGAGGAGAUGGCAGGGACAUGGGACGGUAAACAUGUCCAGAAGUUGGGGGCUGGGCAGGAAGGGGACCAUUCCCAAGAGUUAGGGCCUGAGCAGGAGGGGGACCACUCCCAGGAGUUAGAGACUGGGCAGGAGGGGGAUCCCUCCCAAGAGUUGGGGCUUGGAAAAGAGGGGAACCACUCCCACGAGUUGGGCACUGGACAUGAGGGGGACGUCUCCCAGGAGUUCGGGGCUGGAAAGGAGAGGGACCACUCCCAGGAGUUGGGGGCUGGACAGGAGGAGGACCUCUCCCAGGAGUUGGGGGCUGAACAAGACGGGGACCACUCCCAGGAGUUGGCGGCUGGACAGGAGAGGAACCUCUCCCAGGAGUUGGGGGCUGGACAAGAAGGGAACCACUCCCAGGAGUUGGGGCUUGGACAGGAGAAGAAGCAUUCCCAGGAGUUGGGGCUUGAACAGGAGAAGAAGCACUCCCAGGAGUUGGGGGCUGGACAGGAAAGGCACCUCUCUCAGGAAUUUGGGGCUGGACAGGAGGGGGACCAUUCCCAGCAGUUAGGGGCUAGACAAGAGAAGGACCCUGGUCAGCAGUUCAGGGUGGGGCGAGAAGGAGAUCCCUUCAGGUGGUUGGUGCAGGUGUUUAGACUAAUGUGUGCAAAUCCAAAAGAAUCGCGGGAACAUUUGGCAACUCAUAACAGCUCCGCCUAUUUUGGAGGAGAAUGUGAGGGGCGGAAGUCUGGGGAAGGGGCGCCCGUCAUCGUGCAGUGUCUGGAGGAGGAGAUUGAAAAGUUGUCCUUUUCUUGGCCAGAGCCAAGACAGAAACCUUGAAGACAAAUUAAGAUUAACAAACUUUUACAUAUA